GUGUCUCUAUCAAUUUAAUAUUUAGCGAUACAGUUGCUCAAAAAGUAACGCCAUACACAAUUCUUCCGCUUUGACUGGAUGUACAUAUUGUAGAGUGAGUGGUCUCAAUGGCAGAGAGCGGAUCACAUCAGAGAUCUUUUGCCAAGAACUUGCGGCAGGAGAGUGCUCUACAAAUGCGACAGACAGCAACAGCCUCCCUCAGGGCAGUAUCUGCACAGUCUCGGCCAAAGCUGAAUGUGGUGGACCCUCUUGACUACGAGGGAGAGCUGAACUCACGACGCAAAGACUUGGAGAAGGAGCAAUACCUCAACCUACUGCUAUUCCCGCAACAGGACAUCACAACAAGUGAGGAAGAAUUGAGACUGAGAACUGAGACACCUCCAGUCAGCUCUGAGGCCUACCAAGAUGCUACCAACCUCUUUACUCAUGAGUGUCUGCGAUUUUUCACAUCCAAUUGGAACAAGGUCACCUACAACUAUGCCAACUUUUCUUCAAGCUGUGACAAGCUGCUCAGCCACGAGUAUCGAGAUACUCUGAGCAAGGAGACCUUUGAACUGGACCUGGCUGAGGAGGAAAGGCUUGCUUCACUUUCUGCUGACUACAUUGAUGGUGCUUCACUCAAACUCAAAGGAUACCUGUACAAAGGCCCAUUCCCUCAAGAUGGAGGCAUUUCAGUUUCUAUGAAGACCUAUAGAAAGCGUUGGUUUGUUAUCAGUGGAGGUCGCAGGGAUUCUGACACUCUUGGUGCUGAUAGUGGCUACACCCUCACGAUAUACAAAGAUGAAAAGAGCACCCAUAUCAAAGGGAAGAUUCUCCUGGAAACGUGCACACAAGCCAAAAAGAACUCUCGUUACAAGGCACUGGGGUUUGAGCUGGUGACAAUGGAUGACAAAGUGUUCUACCCCUUGGCAGCUGACAGUGAGACGGAGUUAGAUGAGUGGGUGGAAACUCUGAACAAGGUCAUUGCCAUCAGUCAGGGAGGGGAGGCUGUUGACCAGGUGUCAGCUGACAUCAGCUCCUUCUAUGCUAAAGAGACUAUGAAAGAUCCAAAAAAAAUUGAUAUUUCAUCUGAUCUUUUGGAGAACACGAGUGGUACUGAUCCUAAGAAUGCACACAACAGACAGAAGGACUCGCACCCACUCUUUCACGUUUACCCAGAGCUUAUGAAACCAUCUGGAGACUGUGAAGAGAAGAAGAGUGUUCCUAUUCCUGUAGAGAGAUUCGGGACAAGGUUCUUGGUCAAAUGCCACCAGCUCAAACUAAGCCUCACCACUGAGAGAAAUGGUUCACCCAGUCAUAUUGAGCCUUUCUUUCUGAAGCUGGCCCUAUUUGAUGCCAACAAAAUGGUGAAGAUCUCAGAGGAUUUCCACGUCGACCUCAACUCUCCGUUUCUACGUCAGAUGGUCCCUCCCCCCAGUGGACUCACAGACAGUGGACCCCACCCACUCAGUGAGAAGGCCACCAGAGCUUUAGUGGGGGUGUUCUCAGUGACGUUCCCUCACUGCAACGUAUUCCUGGUGGCCAGACUGGAGAAGGUGUUACAGGGAGGUAUCAGUGACGCGGCUGAUCCUUACAUCAAGAGUGACAGCGCUAAGGUCACUCAGAAAUUGGCACAGCAGAUGCCGUCUGUGUAUGCUCGAUUGGGUCAGUACAGAAUGCCCUUUGCGUGGGCUGUCAGACCUUUGUUUGACUCGAAUGAGGAGCUGGACACAACAGCUGAGUUCUCACCGUUCUACCGACAAGACAGAGAGAAACUAACAGACGAGGAGAUACUUAAAACCCUCUUUGACUAUCGGAGUAUACACAAGCACAAGUUGCCAGUGAUACCCGGAGAACUAGAGAUAGAGGUGGUCCCACUAACUGGAGACCUUCCUAAGUGCACACUGGACCCCUCCCUCGUUCCCCUCAAGCCACGGUCAGAGUUGACAUCCCCAAUUAAUGGGCCCCCUGCACUGGAGGUGCAAGAAUUCCCCCCUCUGGAACAGUACCACCCUCACUCCCACUACCAGCCUGCCCUCUCCUUCAAACAUCACCUCUUUGUCUACCCCAUUUUCCUCAAGUACGACUCACAGAAGGCAUUUGCAAAGGCUCGUAACAUAGCCUGCUGUAUACAGUUCAAAGAUGGAGACGACAAGGACUCUCAGGCACUCCCUGUUAUAUACAGCAAGAGCUCCGGUGCUGUUCUCACAGAUCACACUUGUACCGCUGUUACACACCACUGCACCAUACCGACCUUCUAUGAUGAGGUCAAAAUUCGUCUCCCGUUGAAUCUGAAGCGAUCUCACCAUCUCCUCUUCACGUUCUACCACGUCAGCUGUGACGUGCAGAAGUCGGCCAAAGCAUCCAAGGCCUCCACUAAACUGCCCCCAGUGGAGACUCCUGUUGGAUACGCUUGGUUACCACUGGUCUCUCGUGGUGGAAGGAUCCUGAGUGGAGACCAAGGGCUGCCAGUAGCUGUUAACCUGCCUCUAGGCUAUCUCAGUGCUGCUCCUAAUAACUCUCCAGUCAACGGCAGGGCAGAAGCAACAAUUCCCGAUGUAAAAUGGGUGGAUAGUAACAAACCUCUGUUCAAGCUUAACCUCAACGUGGAUUCCACUAUUUACACACAGGAACCCGAACUGCAUCAGUUUUUUAUGCAAUGCCAGAACCUGUACAGCAAGAAGGUUCAAUCCCCCUCUAUGGCCGAGCUUCUUGCUGGUGUCAAGGUGCUGGGAGAGCUGUCACUGUCUUCCACGAUCCAGUUCCUGCCUCCCAUUCUCACUCAGUUGUUGAAGCUCCUCUCUCAUUCCUCCAAGGAUGUGGAGAAAAUCAAGCCAGACGUGCUAAGACUCCUUAUCUCACUGGUCCACAAGGUGGUGGAGGCUGAAGGCAAAGAGAUACUAAGAUCCUACAUAGAGUUUAUGUUUGUGACUGAGGUGGACAGCUCUCGUAAGAAGGCAGUUCAUGAUGAGUUAGCACGCCUCCUAGUACAGUACAUCAGACAGCCAGACCCAGUACAAAUAUCGGCAGUCCUAGAGCACAUCUGGUUCUUCCUGGAGGUGAUGUUGAAAAGCAUGGCCCAGUACCUUGAGAUCACUUUAAAGAUCAAUGCAUCCCGCAAGACUCGCUACCCAGAGGACUUUGGCUGGAACCUUCAGAGCCUUGUGACCACCAUCUUAACACACAUCAGAGAGAGACACACAGAGAAGUUUGUGCAGAGGGCAAACAGGAGCAUUGCAGAGUUCGUCAAGUAUUCGUUCAGCUUCAUGGAUCGUGGUGUGGUAUUCAAGAUAGUGGCUCGCUACCUAGAAGCCUUCAGUGUCAAAGAGAACAUACACCUGUCCAGAUUAAAGCUUGAGUUCAUACAAAUUGUGUGUGAUCACGAACACUAUGUACCCCUCAACCUGCCCUUUCCUAAGAGCAUUGAUGGUGUGGAAUAUUCCCUCACUGACGAUUUCUGUAGAAAACAUUUCCUGGUAGGAAUUCUACUAAGAGAGGUGGAGUCUUCACUACAAUACGAGGCAGGUCCGGUGCGGAGAAACUCCUUCAAGAUCCUUAGAAACCUCCUGGCAAAGCACGACUGUGACCCACGAUACACGGACCCAGGACAGAAGGCUCGGAUUGCUAGCCUCUACUUUCCUCUUAUCCCAUUGGUCAUGAGUCAUGUGGCAAGACUGGACACUGGGUCUCCCUGCUACGUCAGCCCCAUGCUCAAUGCAGCCUCCAUGGCAUUCUAUGACCAGACGCCCACCCCCCUCUCCAAGACCUCUGACCCCACACCCUCUUCUGCCACUGGAACCUUGAAGGCGACUCCUGACAGAGAUCUCAGUGCAAAGGAUACCAUGAGCCUGGAUAGGAGCAAGGGUGGGAGCAAGGGUGGGUCUGUUUCAAGGGCAACUGGACAGCAAAGCUUCCAUCUCAAUGAAAGCGAUGAGUUUUCCCUAGAAUUGUCUGGCAGUUUGGAGCUCACUCAUCUCUUCACACCGACCCUCAACCAGACAAUCAUGGACCUGGAUAAACUCACCGUAGAUGAAACUAGAGACCUCCUCAUUUCAAUUCUCUUUGUUCUCAAGAACAUCGACAAAUCCAUUUUGCUUAACUGGUGGAAGGACACCCUGGUGACAAACUGGUGUGGUAUGGACAUGGACAACCUUCCUUCUCAGUUCACCGCUCUAUUGGACUUCUUUGACAUGCUAGAAUCCUGUCUCUACACCUUCAGAUACUCUGGAAAACGCUCCAUUGCUAUCAGAGUCAACCACCAAUUGACAAGAGAGGCUGAGUUAUCCCAGGCAACACAACAGAAUGUCAUCCUGGCCCCAGCCCCCAGUGGCAAGGCAGGGAAGAAGACUCACAGCGCUGUCUCCAUCUCCUCCCCUGUCGGGUCCCUCCAGCUCUCUAAGGCCGGCUCCUCUAGGGUCAGCCACUUAUCAGGCGUUGGCAGCCUGGGGCCAUCACUGCUCCCUGUGUCCACGCCCCUCUCCCUGUCUCCGAGCACCAGUGCCGAGAUAGAGGCAGUGAUGAAGGUGGAAGGUGCUUUGGCAAAUGAGGUUGGACUAAUUGUCCUCACACAGCUUGAGAACUUUGCCGCACUCUUUAAGCAUGAGCUGUCCAGAGAAGAGGGAGACAACAUUCUCAUGGCAAAGUACUUCUCUCUGAUGGUACUCUUCUUGCAAGUGAACCAGUCUCUCACUCUCCAGAAACACGUAUUUGCAUCUCUCAGAUCCUUUAUACACAAGUUUAGUGAGACUCUGUUUAAGGGCAGUGCUGACUACUGUGGAGUACUCUGUUUUGAGGUCCUACAGUGCUGCAACUCCCGGCUACCCUCCACCCGUACAGAGGCCACAGUGCUCUUCUACCUGCUCAUGAGAUGCAACUUCCGCUACUUUAAGGAGAGGAGUUUUAUUAGGACCAACCUUCAGUCCACCAUUGCCGUGUCUCGACUGGUCUCCACCAUGCUGGGUCAGAGUGAUGUUAACUUGAGGAAGUCCCUCACUUCCAUUGCUCAGCACGUCUCACAGGACCGGAAAGUUCAGGGCACCCUGUUCCCCAAUGAAGUAAGUGACCUUAUGAAGAGAAUGAAGACAGUUCUCAGCUCAACAGCUCAGAUGAAGAUCCAUCAGAACGAUCCUGAGAAGCUAGUGGACCUUCACUACAGUCUGGCACUCUCCUAUCGUGACUCCCCCGAGCUGAGACAGACAUGGUUGGACAGUAUAGCCGCCCUGCACCUCAAGUACGGGAACUACUCGGAGGCUGCUCAGUGCUGCAUACACAUUGCAGGCAUGGUGGCCGAAUACCUCAAAAUGAAGGGCAAAUACCGUGAGGGGUGUAAUGCGUUUGAGCGGAUUUCCCACAACGUUGGACGAGACGAGAGCAACAUCAAGGAGGACCAGGAGACGCUCGAUGAGCAGACGUACACUGAGCGUAACCUUGUUUCAUUGCUUGAGAGCAGUGUAAACUACCUGGAGCAAGCGGAGCGCUACGAACUUAUGGCUGACGUGGUCAAAUUGUUGCAGCCGUUCUACGACAAGAACAGGGACUUCAAGAACAUGAUGGAGAUGUAUGGCAAGCUGCACAGUGCCUUCAAGAAAGUGGUGGACAUAAUGGGCACUGGCAGACGAUACCUGGGCACCUAUUUCAGAAUAGGAUUCUACGGAAAGCCAUUUGGUGAUGACAACCAGAUUGAGUACAUCUACAAGGAGCCUAAAGUGACCACUCUUGGGGAGAUCACACUGCGACUGCAGAAACUGUACUCGAGGAAAUUUGGAAUGUCUGAGAUAGUGCACAUCAUUCAAGAGUCCACAAAGGUGAACGUGUCGGACCUUGACCCUGAGCACGCUUACAUACAGAUCACUCAUGUGGAACCAUACUUCACUCCAGAGGAUCUUGAGAAAAGGAAGACAAAGUUUGAGAUGGCUAACAAUAUCAGCCGAUUCGUGUUUGAAACUCCAUUCACCAAAGACGGGAAAUCAAGGGGAGAUGUCACUAAACAGUGCAUGAGGAAAACCAUUCUCACCACAAGCCACUGGUUCCCGUACAUUAAGAAGCGUAUACCAGUGGUUGACCAGGAGAUGAUGGAGUUGACCCCCUUACAGGUGGCCAUUGAAGCCAUGGAAAAGAAGAAUAUCGACAUGAACGCUGUGGUGAGGAUGGACCCUCCCGACCUCAAAAGACUCCAGCUGUUGUUGGGAGGUAGCAUCAGUGCACAGGUGAACCAAGGCGUACAGGAGUAUGCUCUGUUCCUUAGGGAGCCUCUCAUCUCGACUCUGCCAGAUGAUCACGUAGAGAGGCUCAAGGACGCUUACAGAGACUUCAUGUGUGUGUGUCAGGAGGCUCUAGAGUUAAAUGGCAGACUUAUCUCCACUGACCAACUGCUUUACCAAGAAGAGCUACGCAGCAAGUUCUCACAAAUGGAGCAGUCCCUCUCUUAUUUCCUGACCACUCCAUCGUCUCGGCCCACUUCUCCCAUCCAUUCCGAUACAUUCCCCAAGACCAGGCAGAGAACCGCCUCCCAAGUGGACCCUCAUAGGAUGUCAGCCAUUUUGUUCCAAGCCAUCAGUGGAAACAAAUAGACAUUAAAUUUACUGAACAUCUUUUAGCUUUGAUCUCAUCCUCUGUUUUGUAUGGCUCCCUGUCUGUAUUAAUUUAUACAUGUAAAGUAUUGUAAGAUUUCUUAACACA